GUUGAAGGUGUUGACGACGAAAUGGUUGAAGAGAUGAGACGAAUGAUCAAAAAGAAAAAGAAAGGAUCAAAUAACAGGAUGGUUAUAUGCAGGGACUGCCCGGGGCAAAGAUUAGUCCGAAACCUGGAGAACCAUGUUGAAAAGUUCCACACUAUUAAACCGAAAAAACAUAAGGAGGUUUGUCGGUAUCAGUGUGAUCUAUGCGGGUAUAAAACUAACCGAAUGACAAACCAUACUCUGCACGUUAAAACUGUUCAUCUGGGUACAAGGACCAUCUGUCAUCUCUGCGGCAAGGAAUACUCGAAUAUUAAUCAGCAUAUGCGAGUUAUGCACAAUAUCACCAAAUCUGGAAUAAAAACGAAGACGAAAUGUGAACUGUGCGAACAUGAAUAUUAUGAUAUAAGACAACACCUGAGGCGAGCGCAUCAAAUUAUGGAGAACACUGUGAAGGAAACCAAGUGUAGUCUUUGUGGAGAAGAAUUUAGCAAGUAUUCAAAUAUGAUAAGACACAGGAAAAGAGUUCAUGAGGGGUUAAAGUUGGUUUGUCCGAUUUGUUUGAAACCGGUUUCCAAUCUAAACAAACACAGUAAAAUACAUAAACAGAUGAAUCUGAUGCCGAGUCUGUUCGUAAACCCUCAGCAACUGCUAGUUCCAUCAGCUUCCACUAUCAAUCUACCCAACCCAACCCUGGCCCUACCCAACACAACCCUGGCACUACCCAACCCUACCCUGGCCAUACCCAACACAACCCUGGCCCCACAUAAUCCAACCCUAUCACUUCACACCCCAACCCUAGACUUACGAACCCCAACUCUGGCCCUACCUAAUCCAACCCUAUCCCUUCAUAGUCCAACCCUAUCCCUACAUAAUUCAACCCUAUCCCUACCCACCUCAACCCUGGCCCUACCUAACCUAAAUCUGGCCCUACCUAAUCCAACCCUAGCCCAUCCAACCCCAACUCCGGCCCUACCUAAUCCAACUCUAACCCUACCAACCCCAAUCGUAGCCCUACCCACCCCAAUCUUAGCCUUACCAACCCCAACCCUAGCCCUACCAACCUCAACCCUGGGACUACCGGAAAGUUCUGGUUCCACCACCAGUACCACAAUUUCAAGUUUAACGGAUACAACUAAAAUAUCCCUAUCUACUCCUACCCUUACUCUACCGUCCAGUAACCUACCCUCACCUACUCCUUCCAUCUCCAUACCUUCCUUAACACUACCUACCUCUAAUCUCAAUCUGCCAUCCUUCUCUCUUAGUCUAUCUACUUCUUCCCUCUCCAUUCUAACGCAGUCCCUUACUCUACCUUCUCAUUCCUUUACUCUACCUUCUCAGUCCCUUACUCUACCUUCUCAUUCCUUUACUCUACCUACUCAUUCCCUGUCGUCAACUUCUCACUCCCUUACCUUACCUACUCACUCUCUUCUACCUAAUCACUCUCCCACACUUCCUAGUUACUCCCUAACUCUACCUUCUCACUCCCCCACGCUUCCCACUCACUCCCUUUCUUUACCUACUCACUCUCUUACUCAAUCUUUUCACUCCCUACCGCCUAUAGCUGAUAACCUGCCUACUACAACAGUUUCUUUAUCGCCCCUCGUUUUUUCCGCUCCUAAUGUAUCUAUCAUUCCCUCCCAUUCAACAAAUUAUUAAAAUGCUAAUUUUAAAAGAAAUAUCAAAAUUAUAAGUUUUUUUAUAAGAUCAUUUAUUUUUACUUGUCCAUACUCAUAUUCCCAGAUUUAUUCAUUUUUACUUUCCACUCCAAUCUUUUCCACAUUUUAAAUGUUACUAUUACAUCUUGGAUUUUUAAUUUGCAAAGACUACACGAUUUUAUACAUUAAAUGAAUUUUCAUUCAGGGUUAUCUUUCUGCCGUGCAAAUUUGUAACAUAUCUGUGAUGAAAAUAUUUUAAAAAGUUACAAGUCUAGAGGCGUAUUUAUUUUUUCACUGAUUAGGGAAAUUUAUAUUUAGUUUUUAAGAAAAAUAUCCAAUAGAAGGGGAAAAGAUUUGUCAUGUGAACUCCAAUUUCAAAUUCUCCGUCUCAUCUUCAAAAUAUAUACUCCUAUACAUUUACUUGAUACUAUUUCAGAA